CUCAAGUAGUGCCUAACUGCUCAUCGUGCUCCUCGUGCUCAUCGUGCUUCUCGUGCUCCUCGUGCUGCUUACUCACUUCGCAAAAUGUCACAAUCAGAUAAUAAACGGGUGGCAUCCUGGGACUCUGAGUCUGAGCCCUCGGACUUCGGAGAACAGCCUCCACCACAACCCGCAAAGAAGGCGAAAAAAUCAGCCAAGGCGGAAACACCUUCGGCCACCUCUAAAUCAAAGAAAAAGACGUCCACUAGUGCCACAACCAAGUCUGCGAAAUCGCUUUCGAGCGAAUUAUUCGGCGACGACUCCGACGGACCGUGCCCCGAGCCAGUCCCGAAAGCGUCGCCGCUGUGGUCGUCCCUGGCCCGCAGAGUCGCUGAUGGCGUGACGCGCCAGGUCGAGCUGGUCGAAGAGGGGGAGAUCUUCUUCGAUGUCAAGGUGUUUAACACCUGCGACAUCAUCGACCUGGAUCCUCGUCAGCGGGCUGAAAAGUGGACUGCACAGUUGCGCUUGAGGGUGAAGCCCAACGAUCCGCUCUGGGUGCAAUUAAAAAAAAUUGCAAGGGACGCAAAGCGGCGGUUCCACAAGGACCCAAUAUUUUAUAAGAACAAAUAGUGAGUUUAAGUGAUUUUUUUAAUCUUUAGAAGUAGGUGUCUAUUUUAGUUUUAAGAUAAUUAAUUUGUAAGUUUUUAAUUAUACUUUUAUUCAACUUAUAAUAUUUUUGUGUCUUAAUUACUUGUCUUUAUCCAAUUUGUCACUCUUUCAACAUGGGUAAAACUAUUUACUGUUCAAUUUGUGAAGAGUCUGUUAAAAGUAAAGCCUUCCCAGGUCACUUGCGUAGCACUAAACAUAAAAAUAAC